CAGUCAUUAGUAUCUUCCCGAUACACUUGUUAAAACGAAGUGUGGUGUUGUGGACCUAGUGAAAACAAAACACGUGCAGGCACGAUAGAAUCGAUUUGCCUCUAGGUGUCCGGCUCAGGUGUGGUGCAAAUUAGUGGUGACAACAAGAUAUAGUGUCACGCCCCCAAUUUAUUCAGUUCAGCGAUGCCAGAAGCGAAGGAUAAUCUAACAGCAGUGCUGUAUGGAAUUGAAGAUCUGAGAUUGGAACAACGACCAAUCCCAACACCUAAGGCUGAUGAGGUUCUGCUCGAGAUGGACUGUGUCGGCAUCUGUGGUUCAGACGUGCACUAUUUGGUCCACGGUAGGAUCGGUGAUUUUAUUGUAAAACAGCCGAUGGCGAUUGGUCAUGAAGCGUCUGGAGUGGUGAGCAAGCUGGGUGCCAACGUGAAGAACUUGAAGGUGGGUGAUCGCGUGGCUGUCGAGCCGGGCUACGGGUGUCGGGUUUGUGAUUUUUGCAAGGGCGGUCAGUACAAUCUGUGUGCCGAUAUGAUUUUCUGUGCGACCCCACCGGUAGAUGGUAAUCUGGCGCGGUAUUAUACGCAUCCUGCGGACUUCUGCCACAAGUUACCGCCGCACGUGACAAUGGAGGAGGGUGCUCUGUUGGAACCCUUGGCGGUUGGUGUACACGCUUGCCGCAGAGCUGGCGUAUGUCUGGGAUCGAACGUUUUGAUCCUCGGGGCGGGUCCAAUUGGUUUGGUGACAUUGAUCGUGGCUAAAUCGAUGGGUGCUGGGAAGAUCGUGAUUACUGAUUUGCUCCAGAAUCGACUUGAUGUUGCGAAGGAAUUGGGUGCUGAUGGUACUUUGUUGCUGGAGAAAGGUGCCAACGAGACUGAGAUCGUUAAGAAAGUUCACGCACUGUUCGGCGGUGCACCAGAUAAAACCAUCGAUUGCUGCGGAGCGGAGUCAACGUCACGAAUCUCGAUUCUUGCUACACGGUCCGGUGGAUGCGCCGUGGUGGUCGGAAUGGGCCCAUCGGAUGUUAAGCUGCCGCUAGGAAAUGCAUUGGCACGGGAAGUUGAUAUACGAGGCGUGUUUCGUUACUGCAAUGACUAUCCGGCAGCUCUCAGUUUGGUCGCUAGUGGAAAGAUAAACGUGAAAAGACUGAUCACGCAUCAUUUCAACAUUGAGAAAAUGGCGGAUGCAUUCAACACAUCCCGACAUGGCCUUGGAGGGGCCAUCAAGGUUAUGAUUCACGUACAGCCGAAGGAUACGAACAACUCGAAGUAAUGAUUUCAUUGUCAAUUUAAAUUUUGUCCUUUAUGCUUUGUCGUGUUAACUGUGGUGCCAAUAAAGUACGUUGUAGAUUAGUAUUGAAA